ACCCACCACCGCCGCUACACUGCCAUCUGUUGACGUCCGCAACAACGUGUAUUCCUCCGCCUCGCAAGAACAAAAAUCACAAUCAAAUUUUGUUUGUGAACAUUUUUUGCUAAAUUAUUUUUACGUUGAAUAAUACAUAGGUUUUGACUGUCGGUGAGGUAUGCGAGGAAAAAGUUACAAGGUAGUGAAGAAGGACUAGUUUGAGGUGCGGCGCGGGGAGAGCAGCAGCGGGUCGGCGGCCGUGACAACCUCUUGUUGUAGGGAGUCACCGGUGUAGCAACGCUGUAUAUAUUUCUCUGUUUAACGCCCCAAAACGAGCCAUCAUGGAUGAGGAAUACGACUGCAUCGUUCUCGGUACCGGCCUGAAGGAAUGUAUCAUAUCUGGCAUGUUGUCAGUAUCAGGCAAGAAAGUUCUGCAUAUGGACCGUAACAAGUAUUAUGGUGGUGAGAGUGCCUCCAUUACACCCCUGGAGGAUCUCUUUACAAAGUUCAAUCUUCCACCACCAGAAGAGGCUUAUGGGCGUACAAGGGACUGGAAUGUGGACCUCAUUCCCAAAUUUCUGAUGGCAAAUGGUCAGUUAGUAAAGCUUCUCAUCCACACUGGUGUCACUCGUUACCUGGAGUUUAAGUCAAUCGAGGGUAGUUAUGUGUACAAGGGUAACAAAAUAUCCAAAGUUCCUGCUGAUGAGAAGGAAGCCUUAACGUCAGAUCUGAUGGGCAUGUUUGAGAAGCGGAGGUUCAAGAAUUUCCUAGUAUUCACCCAGGAUUAUCGCGAUGAUGAUCCUUCAACUUGGAAAGCCAUGCCAGGCUUUGACCCAAAGACCACUACCAUGAAUGCUGUGUUUGUUCAUUUCAAUCUUGACAAGAAUACAAUUGAUUUCACUGGACAUGCCCUGGCACUUUACAGGGAUGAUGACUAUUUAAAUAAGCCAGAAAGUGAAAUUUUCAAGAGAAAAAAUGGGAGCAAAAACCUCAUGAACCUACUCAAUAAAAAAUUUUCUUGUUACCCAAGCUUUCAUCACUGCUAUUGUUAUUUGGCUAUUCAUAGGUUGUCUGCAAUCUAUGGAGGUACCUACAUGUUGGACAAGCCUAUCAGCGAGAUUGUUAUGGAGGAUGGUAAGGUAGUUGGUGUGCGAUCGGGAAAUGAGACGGCCAAAUGCAAGCAGGUGUACUGUGAUCCAACCUAUGUGCCUGAGAGAGUAGAGAAGGUUGGACAGGUGGUACGAGCAAUUUGCUUGAUGGAUCAUCCCAUUAGUAACACUAAGGAUGCUCUCUCUACACAAAUUAUCAUCCCACAGAAACAAGUUAAUAGGACUUCAGAUAUCUAUGUAUCACUUGUGUCAUACACACAUCAGGUUGCAGCCAAAGGCUGGUUUGUUGCUAUGGUGAGUACUACUGUGGAGACUGACAACCCUGAAGCAGAGAUCAUACCUGGCCUCAACCUUCUGGGACCCAUUAAGCAAAAGUUCGUCACUGUUUCUCCCAUUUAUAAACCUCUUGAUGAUGGUCAGGAGAACCAGAUAUUUAUUUCUGAAUCGUAUGAUGCCACAUCCCAUUUCGAGACAACGUGCUUGGAUGUGCUCUCUAUCUAUCGUCGAGGUACAGGAGAGGACUUCGACUUCAGUAAGGUGAAACACAAUCUUGGUGAUGAAGAUAUGUAAGCAGCCCACACAGCAGCUAGCUGGUGCUUAAGGGAUGUGCAGCUGUGGUUUUGGAUGAGUCACCAUUACUUUCAUAUAAGCUGCCUUCCUUGCAUAAACUGGCUGGCAGUGGCACCUCCAGAUUGUGAUCACAGAGCUAGCCCUCAAAUUCUUCAUGAAGAAGUCAUGUUGGUACACCAUCAUCAGAUAAUUUUUUCAUGAGUUUAUACCAAAGUAAUGAAUUGUUUGAUGAAUAGUUUUUUAUUGCUAUUAAAAAUAAAUUUGUAAUGUGAAUAUACACUAAUACAGUGUAGAGAAGGCUAAUUAGUGAUUCUUAAUGAUUUACGGCUGCUGUUAUAUUGUUAGUUUGUUGCUUGUUUCCUGCUCUGAGAGUGCCCAUUUGAGAAUGGCUGCCACAACUGCUUUCUUGAUUGCCAUUAUUUGUGUGCAGUAGAUGGCAGUGAGUGGUAUAUGGAUUUGUUUAUUGAGAUUUGUAUUUGUAGUGCUGGUUGAAAAUGGAACAUCAUGGCAGCCAAGAUUGUGAAGAAUAGCUAAAUAAAUUGAGCCAUUGUUUUAUAAGAAUUUAUAUGAUGAAAUAUUUAAAGUCAAAUUUAGUAUGUAUGUGACCUUGAACCAUGUGUUAUCACAUCCCUCAGUCUAAACCUUAUGUAUGCAUGUAUAAUCUAUUGUAGGCAUAUAAAGUCCUCUGAGCAUAAAUGCAGAGGUUAAGAGAUCACAUUAUUUUGAGUGACAAUGUUAAUUCAAAGGAGGACAGAAUUGGGAAUGAAGAAAAAUUUGUGGUACAUAUUCUUUUAAGAAAAACAUCAUUGACUUGCACGGAGUUGCAGCUCGAAUGUCUCACCAUGCAUAUUGACGAACACUGUUAUAACUACUUGCAUCGCUCAAUUUUCACGUGGGUUAGCAUGCUCGAGAAUUUAAUGUAUCUCUGAUCAGUGGGUCUAUCAUUUGGUAUUCAAUCUGGCUAGCAAGUCGUAUUGUUUUUUCUACUUUACUGUUUAUGCUAAAACUGCUGGUCACUUUUUUGCACUGCUUUCCAUCAUUGGGAUAUGCAAGUUGUCCGACUAUCUCAACAUCUGUAUGCUUUCAUAUGUAAGUCAUUCCAGGUUAAAGGAUAACACAA